AAGACGCACACAGAAUUACAUGGUACUAGCACUAGAGAGCACACUAGAGCGCUAGAUCUUGCACUGCUGACUGAAAUGCAGGACAGAGUCUUUCUUCACUCUUUGUUAAUAUAGGAUAAAAAGUAUUUUGGUAACACACAUGGAACACUGGAGCAGACACUGUGACAAUGAGAGGUCUGAGCUUGCUUAAAUUUUAAAUUUGGAUUCAACAUCUGCAAAACACAAGAGCAUUGAAGCUAGACCAUUUUCAAUAUCAUAGUGGAAAGAAAAGAAGACGGAUGGAGAUGGAGACAAGCAUGAUGCCUUCAAAGUACCUGAGGGUCUCAGUAGAAGAAGAUGCACUGGCAUCUCGGGUACCGGAGAUCAUUGGUGGGAUCACUGUUAAGACCCUCCAGACUCUGGAGGGACCUGAAGAAAGAGAUGUGUUGUCAGUGGAGGAGGGAGAUGACUCUGUAUUCUACAGUGACGAGGACCAAGCUCCUCAGGACAUAAAAGCAAACAUAUCUUGUGGUUUUGGUGCCAACAAGUGCAAGAAUUUUGUCAACAGUGUGGAAGCUGAUGAGGAUGAUCCAAGGGAAGAAUCCAUUAUGGAUGAAGACAUUGCAGAGAUGGAGGAGGAAGUGACUCAGCACAUCAUUCUGACUGAACAAGAAGAAUGCCAAGAGCUCCAGACAUCCAAAACUAAUUUGAAGGAUCAGUCAGAUCCUUCAGAUCCAGGAGCAGAGUCUGAUCUAACUCAAGAGAAGUCAGUGAGCACCUGUGGUGAAUCUCCAAACUGCACAACUGCAGACAUGCAAACAAAGCAAAUGACAUCAGCAGAAAAAGCAAAUCAACCUAAAGAAGUGACACCAAAAAAUGAACCCUUUGAUGUAACUAAUGAGAAGAGUUAUACAAGGCUUAAUAGGGAGGCAGACAUCCCAGAGCAGAUGUCUAGUGCUGAACUUCAGAUAUCAGGUGACAGGAAGCUUCAGGUGGAGCCAGAGCAGAACCACAACUCCCAUGUCCCUAUGGGGUUUGAUCAAAACUCCAGUCCAGGCUACUCCACUCUGCCUCUGCCGAAAAAAUCCUAUGGCAGCGUCGACCACCAGAAAUCCUUCAACCACCUCUCUUCUUCCAAGUACAGCACUGUGUCCUACCGCAAGAUCCGCCGAGGCAACACCCGCCAGAAGAUAGAGGAGUUUGAGUACAGGGUCAUGAAUUUGUAAGAAGAUGGUUUUAAUCCCUUUGACAAAAAAAAUAAAACAUGAUACAAAACAGAACUGAUUGUACAUCUAUGCCAUGUGGUAGUUUACAUAUUUAAUUGUUCUAAAAUCUACUUGUACAUAGAAUUUAAAAUCUCUGAUGUAACUCUCCAAGUCACAUAAGAUUCCCUAAUAGUUGUGCUUUGCAGAAUGAAAACCUUGUUAGGUAAAGCAGGUAAAAAAGCAGAAGAUUACUUAACUAAGACACUCAGUGCUUUAUAAUCCUACGCUAUAUAGUAACUAAGAUGUUGUUUGACAUUAGAGAUUGAGAAUCUUAACCUCUAGUAUUAGGGUAAGUAUUCCCAAGUGAAUAACAACAGACAUGGCCUUAUGGCUAAUGGAUAAAAUAUAAUAAAGAGAUGCAUGCUAU